AUGAUGCUGAAGAAAGUCAAGGAUCAAUGCCUGGACGAACGAAGAGAGGCCGAUCGACAAAAGAACAUUGCCGCGAGAUUAAGGUUAGAAGCUAAAGAAUCUAUCAUUGCAUGGAGUGAACAACAGAAAGGGUUCGUUGAAUGCAUUAAAAAGGCUGAAUUAGAAAAUAAUGCUGCACGAGAAGAGUGCAAAACAUUUAAGGAAUCACUUAAAGAAGCUGAGGAAGCGAACAAUAAAUCCAAGGAAGAGAUUCAGAAAAUAAGGGACAUAAUGAGACAGGCCUUAAAUGAAGCAAAUGUAGCCAAAGCAGCAGCAAGCGCUGCUAAGGAAGAAAUUUCCCAACUCAAAGACGCCCUUGCUCAAAAGGAAGAAGCUUUGAAAUUGCUUAAUCAAGAAAACGAAAGGCCUGCGAGAAGCAAAGCUUGCGCUCGAACGAAAUCACCAGCAAGAAGGACCGCGUUGAUGACGAUGAAGCAGUACUCCGAAAUGGAGGAUUCCGAGCAAGGUAAGGAACAUACUGAUCAUGAUAAAGAAAGCAAACAACCUACAUUAAGACCAUCACCGCUACCAGUGCUGAGGAGGACCGCAUUGUUAACGAUGAGGCAGCACUCGGAAUUCGAGAAUUCCGAGAACGGUAUGGAACAUAAUGAUCAUGAUCACGAAGGCGAACAUCCCACACUACCAAAAAGACCACCAUCACCUUUACCGGUUGCGAGGAGGGCUGCGUUGUUAACUAUGAGGCAGUACCCUGAAAUGGAGAAUUCUGAACAGGGUAAGGAACAUAAUGAUUAUGAUAAAGAAGCCGAACAUCCCACACUAGGACCAAAAAGACCGCCAUCACCAAUACCGACGAUGAGAAAGGCUAUGUUGAUGACGAUAAAGCAUUACAAGGAACAUAAUGAUCAUUAUAAAGAAAGCGAACAAUCUGCAAUAAGGCCAUCAAGAUCACCAUUAGUGUUACCAGCAAUAACGACGAAGGUGAGAAUGAGCGCAUCGAUGACAAAUUUGAAGUUGUGCUCUGAAAUGGAGGAUUCUCAGCAAGGUAAGAAGCAAAAACCAAUGAAUUCAACACAUCAUGACAAGGAACAUAAUGAUCAUGAUAAAGAAAGCGAACAAUCUGCACCAAGGCCAUCAAGAUCAACACCAGUAUUACCAGCAACAAUGACGAAGUUGUGCUCGGAAAUGGAGGAUAACGAGCAUGGUAAGAAACAAAAACCAAUGGAUUCAACGACGCAUCAUGACAAGGAACGUAAAAAUAUGAUAAAGAAAGCAAAUAAUAUGCACCCGGACCAUCAAGAUCACCAUCACCGUUGCCAGCAACAAUGA